UUCUUCCCGUACUAUCCCGCCGACGGCCAGAGCUCGAUCCAGCGGCACUGGGUCGACUUCAGCCCCAUCGUCGACAUCACCUCCCCUGCGCUCGUCUGCAACAACCCAGGCAGCUACGCGGAGGAGUACGCAACAGUCGACGCAGGCGCCGAGAUCAAAGCCUACUACCCGGGCUGGCCGCACGACAUCGGGGCGGUGGUGGUGUGGAUGGCAUACUGCGGGGCCGAGCCGGCGGCGUGCUCGUCGUUCAACGGCACGGGGCGGCACUGGUUCAAGAUCGACCAGGCCGGCCUGCUGUCGGGCAGCAUGCGCGAGGGCCUGUGGGCGCAGAAGCAGCUGAUGGCUAACAACUUCACGUGGGGCGCGACCAUCCCCGAGACGCUCAGGGGCGGCGCGUACCUCCUGAGACACGAGCUGAUCGCGCUGCACGUGCCUUUUUCGCCCGAGUUUUACCCCGAAUGCGCGCACUUGCAUGUGCUGAGCUCUGGGGAUGGGGUACCAGGGGAGGAGUAUCUGGCGUCCAUCCCGGGGGUUUGGGAGGAGGAUGGUGAGUGA